UGAACUUGAUUUUCAAGGCUGAGUUCAUCCACUUUGCCACAGUCUCUGGGAAGCAGCGCAGAGGAAUUCUGUCACCUGGACACUGCAGCUACAAAAUCCAUCUUCUUGAAAGACAGAGAAAACCCUCAGAAACAUGAUUUGCUUGCAGUUCCUAUCUCUUCUUACCUAUGGACUCACAGUGCUGCAGGGGGUGAAUGGGUGGACAUACCAUUAUUCAGACACAAACAUGACCUACAGGGAAGCAGAGCUGUGGUGCAGAAAGAAGUAUACCAACCUGGUUGCCAUCCAGAACAAGGAGGAAAUCAAUCAUCUCAAUACCUUCUUACCCUUCAAUCCGGGUUACUACUGGAUUGGAAUCAGAAAAGUUAAUGGUGUGUGGACCUGGACUGGAACUAACAAAGAACUGACAGAAGAAGCAAGAAACUGGGCUUCAGGGGAGCCAAAUGGCAAAGGGAACAACGAGGACUGCGUGGAGAUCUACAUCAAAAGAGGGAAGGAUGAUGGCAAAUGGAACGAUGAGCAGUGUGAGAAGAAGAAGGUUGCCUUGUGCUACACAGCUUCUUGCAACCCAUCUCUCUGCAGUGGCCAUGGAGAAUGCAUAGAGACCAUCAACAACUACACCUGCCAUUGCAACCCUGGCUUCUAUGGGCCUGAAUGCGAGUUUGUUGAGAGUUGUGAUCCACUAGAGAAACCUGACCAUGGGAGCCUUGAGUGCCACCAUCCACUGGGGGACUUCAGCUACAACUCGUCCUGCACAGUUCAGUGUGAGGAGGGCUAUGAGCUGACUGCACUGGAGUCUGUGCUCUGUACCUCUGCUGGGCUCUGGUCUGCCCCCCUUGCAGCAUGCAAAGCUGUGACCUGUCCUGCCCUGGACGUGCCUGCCCACGGGGCUGUGAACUGCUCCCAGCCCUCAGAGCAGCUCACCUGGGGAACCACCUGUGAGUUCAGCUGUGAGGAAGGAUUUACCCUGACAGGAGCAGCUACCCUGCAGUGUGGCUCUGCAGGGGCCUGGGACAGGCAGCAGCCACAGUGUGCAGCUGUGACCUGUCCUGCCCUGGACGUGCCUGCCCAUGGGGCUGUGAACUGCUCCCAGCCCUCAGAGCAGCUCACCUGGGGAACCACCUGUGAGUUCAGCUGUGAGGAAGGAUUUACCCUGAUAGGAGCAGCUACCCUGCAGUGUGGCUCUGCAGGGGCCUGGGACAGGCAGCAGCCACAGUGUGCAGCUGUGACCUGUCCUGCCCUGGACGUGCCUGCCCACGGGGCUGUGAACUGCUCCCAGCCCUCAGAGCAGCUCACCUGGGGAACCACCUGUGAGUUCAGCUGUGAGGAAGGAUUUACCCUGACAGGAGCAGCUACCCUGCAGUGUGGCUCUGCAGGGGCCUGGGACAGGCAGCAGCCACAGUGUGCAGCUGUGACCUGUCCUGCCCUGCACGUGCCUGCCCACGGGGCUGUGAACUGCUCCCAGCCCUCAGAGCAGCUCACCUGGGGAACCACCUGUGAGUUCAGCUGUGAGGAAGGAUUUACCCUGACAGGAGCAGCUACCCUGCAGUGUGGCUCUGCAGGGGCCUGGGACAGGCAGCAGCCACAGUGUGCAGUCAUACAGUGUGAAGCACUGAGCUCUCCUGAGAAAGGCUCCAUAGAUUGCUCCCACGGGGCUGGGAUGUUCACCUACAACACCUCCUGCCACUUCAGCUGCCUGGAAGGAUGGAGUCUCAAUGGCUCUCGUGUUCUGGAGUGCAGCCCCUCAGGAACCUGGAGUGCCAGCCUGCCCACAUGUGAAGCCUCUGACCAAGCCAGCUACAUCUCUGUGGGCAUAGCAGCCACCUCUGCCUCUCUGCUGUCCACAGCAUCAUUCCUCCUUUGGCUCGCAAGGCGCUUCAGGAGAAAAGCAAAGAAGUUUAUUCCUUUCAGGGACUGGCAGGAAACAGCCAGUGAAGGUAGCUUCCAAAGUGCUGGCGAGAAUGUCUAACCCAGGUGCUUCAGGAAUUGCAGCCACCUUCACUUACAUCUCAGAUUUCUGGAGAAUGAAACUGCCUGCAAAUCAGCAGCUGUCCAGAUGUUUUUACCUUUUGCUGACAAGAAGAUUGACCUUGUGUGUGAUUCAGAAAUCUUGAACUCAAGCUGUCUGGUAUUUCCAUUGAAGACAAACAGAGGACUCUGGCCUUGAGGCCAAAUCCUGCCUCCAUUCAGCCAUGUAUUUAUCCUGAACUGGGAGCUUGCCAUCUCCUGUGCAGGUGGUGAGUAAGCAGAGCACUGCUGCCCAAAGAGGAGGCUGGCUCCUCCUCUGCUCCACUCAAAGGUACCAAGGUGAGGUGAAGAAAUGCAUUAUUUCACAUCACUUACUACUCUGCUGCAGGUGUCUCCUCUGGAGUCACAGGGGUUAUGCCUGCAGAAACAGAAGAAUCAGGAUGGAAAAAUAUUCACUGAACAACUUUGAAACUUAUUGAUCUGGUUUGUGAAAGUCAGUUUAUAUUUUUAUAUCCCAGUCAAUAGAUAUGCCUGCAGUGAUAUGGGCAAUUAUUUGGAUUUCUGCUGCAUAUCCCAGAAAACUUAGAUGCCUUUUUUUUUUAAAUAUAACAGCACUAGGAGCCAUGGUGCUUACACAGGGUACUCUGGUUUCUGAACACAGCAGGUAGAUCUGAAAUUAUCUCAUCCCUGUGGGAUUCUGUACUGUAAUAUGUGUGUAUACAUAUGUAUUUAUUUGAGCAGUUUUUAUUGUGGAUAUUUCUGUGCUCUUAACUGUACAUGUGUUGUAAAAUACUUGUUCUUGAGUAGGUCUGUGGCUGUUGAUCAGAAUUUAUUUGAAACUAAAUGGGAAGUAUUUGUAAGGAUUGCAUGACUGCAUAAUGUUUACGAAUGAAAUGGAAGACUGAGAUUUGUAUGUUUAUGUAUUGAAAAUAUGAUUUUUGUUAGCUGUUAAAAGUCUUCAAAUGAGACUCUUAAUUUAUGUUUAAGUUAUGAUUAUAAAUUAAAAAUCUCUCAUUUAACC